AUGGAAUCCUUCAACGCGAGUGACAGACAUUCUCGAAACAUAUAUUUGGGCACGGGCGAUUCACCAACAGGCCCGGACGCUGUUGGCAUGGCGACGGUCAGUGCGGUGGUAUCGCAAUGUGCUCAAUCGAACACAACUCCAAAAAGUCCGCCCAGUGGUGAAACUAUUCACUACGCCCACGAAUCCGAUACACGGACUGAAAUCGGCACAUGUUCCGCUACGCCCAACGCUAGGGCUAGUCGUCUGUUCCGUGAAAGACGAAAGGAGAGGGAAAAGGUUCUCCGAGAAACAAUUGCAGAGCUAGCUGAUCGCAACGCCGCUCUAGAAGCCUUGCUCUUGCACCACGGAAUCGCUCCGCCCGUUUCCGCCACUUUGCAGAAUGACCUAAGCCUCAACAGAUCCAAACAUCUUGGCGGUCCACCCAUCCAUAUUCCCGGGUUGACGUCGGUUAGGCCUCCUUUGAACCCAAGAGUCACCGAACAAAGCAAUCUUCAUGGAAGCUCUCCAAUUGAGGCAAGUCGAUUCCAGGGCUUUUGCCGGCCCUUAUUGCCGCCCGUCCCCAGCAGCGAUCUCUUCGCCUGCGGGAGAUUGCAUGACCCCUGCGUCCAUCAGCAUAGCGAACUGACCCGCUUUCCAGACAGAUCGUUGGAAGCUCAGUCUGCUUCGUUGCACACUUUGACAAACGCAAGCCCGCCUGUACAGGCCUUUGGCGACAUGCUUCGCGUACGCACUGGAGCUAUCAGUCCCUCCCACCAUGGGCCAGUUAGCGGGCAACGACACCCUGACUGUGUCCAGAAACUUCCCCCGCCGAACCUCAACCCGAGCAGCAUGAAUGCACCACAAUCGUCUUUAUCAGUGGGCUCGAAUUUGCAGGGGACCGGACAGUCUUUCCCGCAGUUCGUGGCUACGGCAGUUCCAGGUUUGACUUCGCCGUCGGUUGCUACUCAUGCAGAAGCAUAUCGCCAUGCAGAGAGUAUGGCUCCGCAUCUGCAGAACGCAAUGCUCACACAUCCCGUGACACCACCUGAUUCUGGUCUGUUGGCAAGAAUGCCGGUCCUCAGUUCUGCUGAAGAGCGCGUGAUUGCUUCCAGAAGUGGAUCUGCUCUGCAUCAUUUGUGGCAGCCUUCAAUGUUUCGUCAGGAUCGUGCAGAGCAUGAGACCUUUGCUUUGGAUGGUCAGCCACUUCAGCCACAGCUCCAGAACGUGGAGAUGCAGCUCCCUCGAAUGGACACGCAUAUUUAUCUUCAGAAUUCACGACUGACUACUCCCGGCUUGAGCAUGCCCCUUAAGGCCUGUCCAAAAAUGGGAGUUAGCGGACCAAAUGUUACGAGAGACAUGCUUGUGCCGCUGAUUCAGCCACACGUUUUCGAUCCAGUCAUGUUGGCUCCAUCACGACCAAGACUUGCUGGUCAACGGACAGGCUUUCAGUCUGAUUCCGGUCUUGAAAGCUGCGAGGUUGCGUACGGCGCCUCACGGACCGAAGCUCAGCAACAGUCUAGGUCAGGGUCAGCAUCAGCAUCGAGAGCUUCAGCACGAGCCUGGACCCAUCCCACCGCUAGUCCAUCAUCAAGUCGGCAAUCAGUCUGCCUGCCAUCCCAAGCGACCGAGUCAACGUCAGAUAGAUCCACUGCCUUCUCCGAACCCACCUACAACCAAUACGCUGGGAGGUCAUACGUCGCGCAUAGCGUACUCGAAGGUAUAUUUGACGAACAUUAUCAAGACACACACGAUAGCGGCUCUGAGAUCGGGACAUCCUCUAUCAGACGACGAAAUACGAGCGAAAGCAUCCGUAGCGGAACGGCAGCGUCUCGCUCCUCGAAUCAAUUCAGUGGUACCAUUUCCGAUUCGACGUUUGGUAGAUCAUCGAUGCGAAGCAGCAUCUGA